UUGUUGCAUUUGACACAGGCAAGGGGAAGUGUACGUAGCUUCAAAAGCAGCAUAGUACAGCUCAAGCAACAAACUACUGAAGGAUCUAAGAUCAUGAGUGCUGAAAUAAGUGGGCAAACAGUGCCGACCGAGGAAGCGGCAGCUGCUGGUUCAGGUUCAGCUCCCAUUAAAGGAGGGUGGAAAUGCCCAUUGAGUGAUGCCCAUGUUCACAGAGAAGAUGUGAGAAAAGUUUGGAAAGAGUGCCAAGAGGAGAGCUUCUGGUACAGAGCGCUUCCAUUGUCUCUGGGCAGCAUGGCUGUCACCGGUGGUCUCAUCUACCAAGGUAUUUGGAAAUCAUCAAAGCGAUUUGGUCCCUUUCCGAAACUAGCAGUUGCGGGGAUCCUUGGAUUUGCAGUGGGGAAAGCAUCCUAUGUGGGCACUUGUCGGAGCAAAUUCCAGGAGCUUGGCAUUCAGGGUGGACCGGGGAUUGGACCCUGGUCAAAGAGAGAUCACCCUGGUCACAGACACAGGGAGGGCAGACCCUGCCACCAUGUGUGUGAAGAAUGUAAGAAAAAUGCUCCAGCAGCACCAGCUGGACAGGCUUAAAGACUGUGAGGACGGAUGUACGCCUCAGCACUGUUGGAGAGAUUUUCUGCAUGAAUUCAUCACCUUCUUGGUCUUUAAUAAAACUUGUAAACACAUGUCUCAUUUUAUCAAAUAACCACUAGGGGGCGCUGCUAUCCUUUCUAUCAAAGAGCAAGAGCUUAUAGAAUUUCUAGUUUUUACAGGGAGGUGAAUAAAUGGGUAAAGCCAUGUCUUUGGACAUAAUUAUCAACAGCUAAAAAGUUAUUGAAUGUUAAGAAUGAGAACUGAAAA